GAGUUCUUGAAUUUAAUUGAGUAAUUUCUGAGUACUUAAGAAUGUUAAGAAUGUAUUUUCAUUUUAUUUAGAGUUAGUUAGAGUUUAUUUAUGUAAAAGUUAAAACGAUAUGGAUAUAUAAAUAUGUUUCAUUUAUUGAAAUGAAAUAGGAUUUUUCAGCGUCUAAUACUAUCAACCGGCGCAAGUGCCAACCAAGUCAGUUAGUUGCCAUCUACUAUCAUUAUGUCAAUAUUGUAAUAUCGUGACUACGGUGACGUGACGGUAAACUUGCAAAUUAAAAUUACUACAAAUUUAAUUAUACUUCGUUUUAUAUUCUUUCUUUUGCGUGAAUGGUAAUUUAAGUAUGGAGAUUUAUCGGCCUCGUGGAACUUUGGCUAGAGCAAUAUAUGACAAGUUUCACAAUGACAAGUGGUUGGAUGAAUUCGAUACUACAUUGUGGUACAAUUUAAAUGAAGAAUUACCAUAUGUAUUUCAAAGAAAAUUUUUACCGUUACUUCGGCCGGAUGAGUCUACAAUACAGUGGUUGGAGCAGGCAAAACUUUUAUCACUUAAUAUUUGGCUACAUUUAUGGCAUGCAUUUGCACGACCAUUUUUAAAACUAUUCAUGACUCAAACAGAUAUCAACGGGUAUCUAAAACGAGGAUCUAUGUUCAUUCUUUCAGAGCAACAAUUCGCCAAAUUGCUUCGAGCAGCUAAUUUUAAUACAAACAAAGAAACAGUUAAUAUACUGGAUGUUGGAGCGGGGGAUGGAGAAAUUUCCAUACGCUUAUUAAACUCUGUCAAAAGUCUGCUACAAUGUGCCAAAGUUAAUGUUUACGCGACGGAAACAAGUUGGGCAAUGCGACAAAGAUUAAAAAAGCGAGAUUUUGAAGUAGUUGAGAAUAUUAAAUCAGUUCAACAAGUUGAACUAAUUUCAUGUCUAAAUGUAUUAGAUCGUUGUAUUGAUCCAUUCGAAAUACUUCAAGAUAUGUACAAUGCAUUAGCUCCAAGUGGUCAUAUCAUAUUGGCUUUGGUUUUACCAUAUAUGCAUUAUGUUGAGAUAAACUCUUCGCAUUUGCCAAUCAGGCCAUUAAUGAGCCAUUGGCCAGAAAAGAGUAAACAGUUUUCAUUUGAAGCCGAAGCUAAAAUGUUCUUUGAAUUGCUGGAAAAUAUAGGUUUCAAAAUAGAUGCUUGGACUAAGGCACCGUACUUAUGCGAAGGAGAUCUUCAUCAAUCAUUUUAUUGGCUUAUAGAUUUAGUUGUUGUUAUAUCUAAAAAAAAUUCUUUGUAAGAAAAAUAAUUCCUAUAAAACAACAUUUUUUUAAAGAUAAAUGAAGCUUCUUUAUGUACAUUAACUAUUAUACUUUAUACAUUCAAUAAAAUAAAACAAACGAAUAAAUUUUAGAUAA